ACGGUCUAGCAGCUCUCGUACACGGAAGUCUCACCGUUAUUGUUAUUAUCACCAUCGCUUCGGAGACGCAGCGCGUAAGUGCCGUCCAGGGUGUAAACACCCCAAAGCCUUUUCAACUCCUACGUCGGGAAACCACAUGGCCAGCCAGUAAUGGCGGCGGCUGUCGCUGGCCAAGUUAUUAGUCGCCUGUUGUAUGUAUUUGACUCCACAACCAAACUUCACUUCUUGGUUGAUACUGGUGCAGAAGUCAGCGUUCUCCCCCGUUCUCUGGAAAAACGCCCCCUGCAACCAGCGGGUCCAAUGCUUACGGCAGCUAAUCAAACUAAAAUCGCGACCUACGGCCAGAAAUUACUUACUUUGAGUCUCGGAUUACGGCGUAACUUCCCUUUCCUUUUUACCAUCGCCGAUGUGCAAAAGCCCAUUAUCGGAAUCGACUUCCUCAGCAAGUUCGGUCUUGUGGUCGACCUACGUUGUGGGAAAUUGCGAGACGAUACUACGUCUUUAAGCACACCCUGCAAACUUGCCUCAGUCAAUUCUCUCGGGCUUCGCAUCCUCAUCCCUGACGACUCACAGUAUUCUUCAUUGCUCCGACAAUUUCCGUCCCUAAUUCGCGCAAGUAACGACACUUCCAAUCCUAAACACGAUGUACGCCAUCACAUCGUUACAACCGGUCCGCCUGUAACUGCUAAAGCUCGACGCUUGCGUCCUGACAAACUCCAGGCAGCUAAAAAGGAAUUCCAACACAUGCUUGAUCUCGGCAUUAUUCGUCCUUCAAACAGCUGCUGGGCAUCACCUCUCCAUCUGGUGUCUAAAAAGUCAGGCGAUUGGCGACCAUGCGGUGACUAUCGUGCUCUUAACAACGUCACUGUUCCGGAUAGGUAUCCUAUCCCACAUAUCCACGAUUUCUCCCUUGGACUAGCUGGAAAGUCAAUCUUUACCAAACUCGAUCUUGUCAGAGCUUACCAUCAAAUUCCAAUGGCGGAGGAAGACAUCGCAAAAACUGCCGUGAUCACUCCAUUCGGCCUUUACGAAUUUCUUCGUAUGCCUUUCGGCCUCCGGAAUGCAGCACAGUCUUUCCAACGCUUUAUGGAUCAGGUCCUCCGUGGCCUUGAUUUCGUCUACGUUUACAUUGACGAUGUCCUGAUCGCAAGCGCCACACCCGACGAACAUUUAUCACACCUCCGAAUGGUUUUCGAACGUUUUGAAAACCACGGGAUAAACAUCAACCCGGAUAAAUGCAAAUUUGGUCAGCCAACCGUCGAAUUUCUCGGUCACAAGAUCGAUGGUGAAGGUAUUAAACCCCUUCCGGAGAAAUCUCAAGCAAUCCUCGACUACCCGAUGCCACAAUCUGUCCGAAGCCUUCGCCGAUUCCUCGGUAUGAUUAACUACUACGGCAGAUUCAUUCCUAACUGCGCUGAUUUACUUCAUCCGCUUACCGACUUACUGAAAGGAAACUCAAAGACGUUUACGAUAACCCCAGAAGUUGAAGCCGCUUUCACGGCCGUCAAGCAGAAGUUCAGUGAGGUCACCUCUCUCCAUCACUUGAACACCACGGAGGACGCUACACUUGUCCUUAAGACGGAUGCUUCAAGUUCUGCUGUCGGUGCAGUUUUGCAACAGUUAGUUGAUAACGAAUUUCAACCACUGUCUUUUUUCUCACGGAAGCUUCAACCUGCUCAGGUCAGGUACAGCACCUUUGGUCGUGAACUGCUCGCCAUGUACUUGGCUGUGAAACAUUUUCGUCACCUCUUAGAAGGACGUCGUUUCAUUCUCUUGACAGAUCACAAGCCACUGGUGUAUGCCUUCCGUUCUUCCUCAGACCGUUACUCACCCCGAGAAACGCGUCAUCUGGACUAUCUUUCACAGUUUUGUGUUGAUGUUCGUUAUAUCGACGGCCCUAACAACGUUGUUGCCGAUGCAUUGUCCCGCGCUCAUGUGAAUCAACUGUCAUCGACACCCAUCGACUUGGAGAGAAUAGCGGCCGCCCAAAACGAUGAUCCUGAGCUCGUUCAACUUCGUUCAAACUCCUCAUUGAAAGUCACCCAACUGCCCGUACUUAACUCUGACAUAAGAGUUUACUGUGAUCUUUCAACCGGUAAGCCUAGGCCGUUUGUCCCACAAUCAUUUCGCCGAACCAUUUUUGAUCAUUUUCACGGUUUUUCACACCCUAGUAUCCGCUCCACCGUAAAACUCAUUACCGACCGCUUCCUCUGGCCCAAUAUGCGUUCAGACAUUAGACAGUGGGCUAAACAUUGCCUUAGUUGCCAAACUAGUAAAGUGCAUCGUCACACAGUCACCACCCCAGGUACAUUUUCACUCCCUGACGCCCGUUUUAGACACGUGCACAUAGAUAUUGUUGGCCCUUUACCUCCUUCCAACGGUUUCACUCAUCUUCUAACAUGUGUUGACCGUUUUACCCGUUGGCCACAAGCUGUUCCCUUACGUGAUACCUCUACCGAAUCUGUAUCCCGUGCUUUUGUUGAAUCUUGGAUUUCGCUGUUUGGUGUUCCAUCCACCAUCACUACCGACAGAGGGGCUCAGUUCAGUUCCACACUGUUCCGCGAUCUGAGUCGUUUAUUAGGCUGUACUCACAUGAGAACAACCGCUUACCACCCCGCUGCCAAUGGCCUCGUCGAGCGCUUUCAUCGACAAUUAAAAGCUGCCAUCAUGGCUACUUCGUCCGACUCACGCUGGUCUGAGCGUCUACCUGCGAUCCUCCUUGGUAUACGCAAUACAAUCAAAGAGGACAUUGGGUGCUGCCCUGCAGAACUCGUGUUCGGGACGACCCUCAGACUACCUGGUGAGAUGGUACUAGACUCUCGCACCACCGGCGAACUAGACCCCUUCUCGUACGCUGAACGCCUCAAACAGCAUUUUCGAUCCAUUCGACCAACGUCUACGCGGCCUAACCUACGUAAACAGCAAGUCCACCCCGAUUUGCACAAGUGUCCGUUUGUUUUCAUCCGCGUCGACGCCGUCCGAAGACCUUUAACUCCGCCCUACGA